AUGGUUGAAAAAGAUCAGUUGAAUGAGAAGAGUAGGACGGUAUCGUUUUCGAAAAUGUUGCAGAAAUCUCUACGUUUGAAUAGCAAUAGUGGCAAUAAUGAUCCAGCAACAGCACCUCGUGAGAUGUUUAGUGACGACGAUAGUCGUGCGAGGAAAUCGAAUAGUAUAGAGUUGGAUGCAGAGCAAGCACGUAAUAGGAGUUUGGCUGACUUUAAUGGCAAUGGCGAUAAUUUUAGUAAUGAUAAUGAUAAUGAUAAUGACAAUGAUAACAAAACUAACAAGAGCAAUACGUCGAGACUGCUCAGGUUGAAGAGUUUCUUCAGUAGUACGAACAGCAGCAUGGAUAAUGCUUCAUCUGCAUUUAGUGAUAAGAACAGCAGUUCCAAUGUUUCAAAGGUCUCGGCAUUUUUGAAACAGAAUUCAAACGUGAACAUAACCAGCAGUGGUGGUACGCCGGCCACUGACUCAAAUAAUGAACUGGCAGCGAGAAAGUUAGAUCCAAAGGGGAAUAAACAUUCAUAUAAGAGUAGAUCAAACUCAAACUUAUCAUCUCGCGUUGAACAGAAUACAGAUAUGCAUCGCAGCAGGUCUCCAUUAGCUCAUUCCAAAAACUCCAAGAAUGCCUUAAAUAUGGUUGAUUUAACCGACCUCACAUUUGAAAAUACUCCAACAAGUAGUAAAAAGAUUAUUGGUGAUAUCUCACCUUCAGGAAAUUCACAAUCAAGUUUUCAAGAAUUUCCUUCAUUGGAAAGCAAUGCAACAGCUUCAUUGUCUUCACCACCGCAGAAACAUGUUUUCCAAGUACAAUCCUUGAUGGUUUCUUCACAUUCACAGGAACAACUUGAUAUUGAUUCUCAAAGAUUUCUUCAGCAGGUCAAUUCAAUUUCCUCUUUAAAGGAUAUAAGGAAUCCAAGUUUGAAUUCUCUUACUGAAAUAAAAGAGGACGAAAGGUUAGAUCAUUUUUACAAUUCUAUGUUGGCUAAAAAUCAUGAUUUCGAAAGUAAUGGUACUUUCGGUAAUGAAAAUAAACUAGUCGAAAGUCGCAGAGAUACUAUAACUACAAAUUAUUCGGAUUUGUCCUUAUCAUUAAGUAACGAUGAGUUUCAACCUUUCACUACUAUUACAAUAGAUUUCGAUAAUAAUAAUGAGAAAAAUCAAAAUGAACAACAACCUACAGAGUUUGAUAUACCGAAUAAAGCCUUCGCAGCAACUAAAUCAUUGUCACCUGUUCGUACUAGACCUCAUAGAACUUCAUCAGAACCAAAUUAUUAUCAAAGUUCAGUGUCAAGAAAAAACCAAUCAAAUUUAAUCAAAAAUAAUAUAGCCUCUCAAGAUGCUUUAAAUUUAUCAGCACCACCAAAGCUAUUCGAUGCAUUUGAAGAACCUAAAAGAUCAAAUCGUUUAAGAGCUAAGUCAUUCAGUAACAAAUUUCAAGAUAUUGUAGUGAGCCCACAAGCAUUCGAAAAGAUUAGACUGUUAGGUCAAGGUGAUGUAGGGAAAGUAUAUCUCGUUAGAGAAAAAGCCUCCAGUAGAUUGUAUGCCCUGAAAAUCUUCAGUAAAGCGGAGAUGAUAAAAAGAAAGAAGAUAAAACGUGUAUUGGUUGAACAAGAAAUUUUAGCCACCAGUGAGCACCCUUUCAUUGUUAAUUUAUAUCAUUCUUUUCAAUCUGAGGACUAUUUGUACUUAUGUAUGGAAUAUUGUAUGGGUGGUGAAUUUUUUAGGGCUUUACAAACUAGGAAAACAAAAUGCAUUUCUGAAGAUGAUGCAAGGUUUUAUGCUGCCGAGGUUGUAGCAGCUUUAGAAUAUUUGCAUUUAAUGGGGUUCAUUUAUAGAGAUCUGAAACCUGAAAACAUUUUACUACAUAAAUCUGGACAUAUCAUGUUGUCAGAUUUCGACUUAUCUAUUCAAACAACUUCGUCAAAAGAACCAGUCGUUAAGAAAUUGGCACAGUCUGCUGUGGUGGAUACAAAAAUAUGUUCAGAUGGUUUUAGAACGAAUUCCUUUGUUGGCACAGAAGAAUACAUUGCACCAGAAGUUAUUCGUGGAAAUGGUCACACAGCAGCCGUUGAUUGGUGGACAUUGGGUAUAUUGAUAUAUGAAAUGUUAUUUGGUUUCACUCCUUUCAAAGGCGAUAAUACCAACGAUACAUUUUGCAAUAUUCUAAAGGAUGAUGUUACUUUCCCGAAUAAUAAUGAAAUAUCAAGAAACUGCAAAGAUCUAAUAAAAAAACUGUUAACCAAAAACGAACUGAAAAGAUUAGGGUCCAAAACUGGUGCCGCUGAUGUAAAAAGACAUCCCUUCUUUAAAAAAGUACAAUGGUCAUUUUUGAGAAACCAAGAUCCCCCACUGAUACCGGUACUUUCAGAGGAUGGAUGUGAUUUUUCAAAGCUGUCGACCAACAAGAAAAAAUCAAAAGAUAUUUCUGAUGCAAUCUCUUUGACAACAAUAGAUAAACAAGAAAAAAAUAUGUUUGAAGAAACAGUUGAGUUUGACGAUGACGUCUCUGAGGAUGAUCCAUUCCAUAACUUCAACUCCAUGAGCAUCAUGAAACAAGAUAAUAAUUCAUUAGUUUACGGUGACAACAACUCUUACGGUAAAGUCUCGUAUACUACAAAUGCCAACAGAGUUAGGAGUGAUAGUCACAGAAGCUUUUUCAAAAGAAACUUGUAA